AUGUCCAUCGCCGCUUCCAGAUGCGCCGCCAGAUUAAUACAGCGCUCGCUGCGCUCUCCCCUCUCAACCUCGUCGCCGCUUAGAUCCGCCAUCCCGCAAUCAUCAUACCGAUCUACCCGCCUCUCAAUCGCUUUUUCUACACAGUUCCCCUCAAGGCGACCAUUCUCUUCUUCAUCGUCCUUGCUGCACGGCCACCUCGACCCUCCCAAGCCCGGCGAGGAGCGCAAGGUUACGUUUGUGGACAAGGAGGGCGAUGAGUACACCUUUGUAGUUGCCGACGGCGACAACCUGCUUGACAUUGCACAAGCCAACGACCUCGAAAUGGAAGGUGCAUGCGGCGGUUCAUGUGCAUGCUCGACCUGCCACGUUAUUGUCUCGGACCCAGACAUGUUUGACAAGAUGGAGGAGCCCGAUGAUGACGAGAACGACAUGCUCGACCUGGCCUUUGGUCUGACAGAAACAAGUCGUCUGGGCUGUCAGGUCAAGAUGUCCAAGGAACUCGACGGCUUGGUCGUCAAACUCCCCACCAUGACCAGGAACCUGCAGGCCAGCGACUUUGCCAAGCGAUAG